AUUUUAUUCGAUUUUAAUAAUUUAAAAAAUAAUUAUAUUAAAUUCUUACUAUGGCAAUAAUGAUGUACUUAGUUUAAUUACACAUGUAGCGUCUAGAGAAGUACCAACCUUUCUACGUUCCAAAGGUGGAGAGACUGUUUCGAAUAGAAACUCCCACACAAAUACUUCACUACUUAACUACAUGUAUAUGUGUGCAUAUAUAGGUAUGUUUUGGUAAACCAUUUUGCUCCAUUGGUUUAUAAAUAUUUAGUAGUAACCAUGGCUAAUAAUGAAUUCAAGCAUUUGGUUUUGGUUAAGUUUAAAGAAGAUGUUGUAGUGGAAGACAUUCUAAAAGAGUUGGAAAAACUUGCUCAUGGAACUGAUCUUAUCAAGUCUUUUGUUUGGGGAAAAGAUACUGAAAGCCAUGAAAUGCUUACACAAGGUUACACUCAUGCUAUUAUAAUGACAUACAAUAGCAAAGAAGACUAUGAAGCUUGUAUUAGUCACCCGAAAGAUGUCGAUUUCGCCGCUCUUUUUGUCACUGUAAUUGAAAAAGCUGUGGUGCUGAACUUCCCAGCUGUUUCUGUCAAAGGUUGAUAACAUAUUGAUCAAUGGCACAACAACAAAAACUAGUGUUAUGUGUGUGCCUGUGUUGUUGCAAUAUGGAGUUUUUGGGCUAUUUGAGGUUUUUUUAACUGUUUUGAAUGUGAACAUUGUUGUCUUUUAAGACAUGUAUUGUAUCACUAUGAGGUAUGUUUGCAAUAAAUUGAGUGAACAUUUCAGUAGAA